ACGUUUCUAGAACCCUCUUCUCUUCCCCUUAAACCCCUCGAGGGUUUCCAAACUUGAAUUUCUCUUAUCAGCUCAGCUCUAUCUCAGCUCUCUCCAUUUCCUAUCUGCUUCUAGGGUUUCCUUUAAUGGCUCCAGUUCUAAGCAGAACCUUAGCUUCUGCUUCUCUAGUUUCCCUUCCUUCUUCCACACCCUUCUCACUUAAACAUGCCAAAAAACCCUUAAAUCUGAGAAGUCUGUUCCUGCCUAGUAACACUAACAGUGCUCUCAGAAAGGGAAUUUCUUGUUCUGAUUUGAAAUGGAAGCUUGACCAGCGAAAUAAUCGGACUGGUGUGAGGUGUGAAGCUGCUGUUGCUGAGAAAGAAGCCUCUGAUACUUCUGGUGAGAAGUUUGAGUAUCAAGCUGAGGUCAGUCGCUUGUUGGAUUUGAUAGUUCACAGUCUAUACAGUCACAAGGAAGUGUUUCUUAGAGAGCUCGUGAGCAAUGCAAGUGAUGCUCUAGAUAAGUUGAGAUUCUUAAGUGUGACUGAUCCCUCUUUGCUUGGUGAUGCUGGAGACCUGGAGAUACGCAUAAAGUCCGAUCCAGACAAUGGGAUCAUCACCAUAACAGAUACUGGCAUUGGGAUGACAAGAGAAGAACUUAUCGACUGUCUUGGGACUAUUGCUCAGAGCGGUACUUCAAAAUUCCUGAAGGCUAUUAAGGAAAAUCAAGAUGUCGGCAAAGACAACAGUUUGAUUGGUCAAUUUGGUGUUGGGUUCUAUUCUGCUUUUCUUGUAGCUGAUAAGGUUGUUGUUUCUACAAAGAGCCCAAAGUCAGAUAAGCAAUAUGUCUGGGAAGCAGCAGCUGAGAGCAGCUCGUAUGUGGUUAAGGAAGAAACUGAUCCUGAAAAGCUUCUGCGUCGUGGAACUCAAAUUACACUUUAUUUGAGGGAGGAUGAUAAAUAUGAAUUCUCAGAUCCAGCUAGAAUUCAGGGUUUGGUGAAGAACUAUUCGCAGUUCGUUUCUUUCCCCAUCUAUACAUGGCAAGAAAAAUCAAGGACUGUUGAGGUGGAAGAAGAGGAAGAACCAAAGGAAGGUGAAGAAGAAAAACCUGAGGAUGAAAAGAAAAAGACAAAGAAGACUAAAACAGAGAAGUAUUGGGAUUGGGAGUUAGCCAAUGAAACAAAACCUAUAUGGAUGCGGAAUGCAAAGGAAGUUGAGAAGGAGGAGUACCAAGAGUUUUACAAGAAAGCAUUUAAUGAAUUCUUGGAUCCACUUGCUUAUACGCACUUCACAACAGAGGGAGAGGUGGAGUUCAGGAGUGUUCUAUACAUACCUGGAAUGGGGCCUCUUAACAAUGAGGAAGUAAUGAACCCAAAAACAAAAAAUAUACGUUUGUAUGUGAAGCGGGUAUUUAUCUCAGAUGAUUUUGAUGGAGAGCUGUUCCCACGUUAUUUGAGCUUUGUGAAGGGUGUGGUUGACUCUGAUGACCUUCCUCUUAAUGUCUCUCGAGAAAUUCUUCAAGAGAGUCGAAUUGUGAGGAUUAUGAGAAAGAGGCUUGUUAGGAAAACAUUUGACAUGAUUCAAGAGCUCUCUGAAAGUGAAAAUAAGGAGGAUUACAAGAAAUUCUGGGAGAACUUUGGUAGGUUUCUGAAAUUAGGUUGUAUCGAAGACACUGGUAAUCAUAAACGCAUAACUCCAUUGCUGCGGUUCCACACCUCCAAAAUUGAGGAUGAACUUACAACCUUGGAUGAGUAUGUUGAGAACAUGGGGGAGAAUCAAAAAGCUAUCUACUACCUGGCAACUGACAGCUUGAAAAGCGCCAAGAGUGCUCCAUUUCUAGAGAAGUUGGUUCAAAAAGGAAUUGAGGUUCUCUAUUUAAUUGAGCCUAUUGAUGAAGUUGCCAUCCAGAACCUGCAGACAUACAAGGAAAAGAAAUUUGUUGAUAUCAGCAAGGAAGAUUUAGAACUUGGUGAUGAGGAUGAGGUCAAGGAAAGAGAAACAGAACAAGAAUAUAAUCUUCUAUGUGAUUGGAUAAAGCAGCAACUUGGUGAUAAAGUGGCCAAAGUCCAAGUUUCAAAGCGCCUAAGCUCUUCUCCAUGCGUGCUUGUUUCUGGCAAGUUUGGAUGGUCAGCCAAUAUGGAAAGGUUGAUGAAAGCACAAGCUCUUGGAGACACAGCCAGCUUGGAGUUCAUGAGGGGGAGGAGAAUAAUGGAAAUUAAUCCAGAUCAUCCUAUCAUUAAAGACUUAAAUGCUGCCUGCAAAAAUGCACCUGAUAGCAGUGACGCCCAGAGAGCGGUUGACCUCCUAUUUGACACAGCAUUGAUUUCCAGUGGAUUCUCGCCUGACAGCCCAGCUGAUUUAGGUAAUAAGAUUUACGAGAUGAUGGCUAUGGCACUUGGUGGGAGAUGGGGCAGAUCUGAAGACGACUCAGCAGAAGCAACGGAGGGUAAUGCUGCAGAGUCUGAUGACAAUCCAAAGGAAGUUGCAGAGACAGAAGUAGUCGAACCAUCCGAAGUGAGAACAGAGAACGAUCCUUGGAAUGAUUAAAAUUUUCACUUGUUAGUCAAGCUAGGGCUUUUUUCCGUUAACCAAUAGGAAACCAAUGGGAAAGUAAUGCAUGCAUGCAAUAGAUACAAGAGAAAAGUAAGUGAGAAGGGAGUGAAGGGCAAAGGGGCGCUGCUGUACGAAAACAGAGUGCAUCCGCAUAGUUCCAGUGAUUAGAAAUGAAUCAUUAAGAACGAGUAGAACUGCAUGUUUUCCUUCCUGCAGCAAGAUGCGUCACUUUUUAGCUUCUCAUGCUCAUAAAAGUAAGAACUUGACGAUGUAACUUGCUGCUCAUUUUUGGUUUAAAUUAUAAGCUUGAAUGUUUUAUGUAUGCUCAUAGUUGGAUUUGAAGAAGUUUAAUUUUUAAUUCGUAA